AUGACGUAUACGGAAAUGACGACACCAACCAAACACCCACGUGAUCAUAUUUUAAAAAAACAAUACCGCACGCGCGUUACUCUAACUCAUAAACUCUUUGAGCUGAUUACACAACUCUCCGGCAACGCAUACGGCCGCAAGCGUCGCAACCGAUCACAUCAUCCUGCCAUCAUGCUGCGCUGCCUACUCAUCAUCUCCCUACUCAACUCAAUAUCAGGUCACCUUCCCGAUGGCUUUACAAAAUACCCCGAGGAUUCAGUGGUGACGACUGGACAGUCAAUUGAUCUUGAAUGCAUGCUAAAGCGACCCACCGACUAUAGUUUGCGGAUAACUGUUCGAUUCCUUUCUAAUAUGACGGAUAAGUUUUUGAACUCGAGAGAGGUGAAUGGGCAAGGACACUAUAAGGUGGCUACAAAGAAGAAAACUCGAGUCUUGACGAUAUUGAAAGUCAACGAAGACACAGAAGGAGACUAUAGAUGUAUUGGAGUGGAUAUUGUGUCUGAUGAGGACUUGGUAGGACCAUAUAGAAAACUUCGAAUUGCAAAGCCUCCUGGCAUUCAACACGAAGACACCAUGACUGUCGUCGAGUCACGUUCUCUCAACCUGUCGGUGUCGUUCACCGGUCUGCCUCUUCCGAACGUCACUCUCUAUCGAAAUGGAACGAUGGAGGCAUUCAUACCCAACAUCGACACACUGCAGUAUCUCCUACCACACGUGACUAGAUCAGAUGCGGGGUUAUACACUGUCAUAGCAUCAAACAUGGCAGGAGAAGCAAAGUCAGAGUUUCAAGUGAUAGUGCGAUACAAGCCACGUAUAAUGACCGAGUCCACACCAAGGAAGCACAAGAUCUCAUCAAACGUUUCGUUUAGCUGCGACGUCGACAGCAACCCGAGAUCGUCGUUCAAGUGGCUGCAUAACAAAACCGAGCUAAGCAGUCACCCCAACCUCUAUUCCCUUCUCAACAACGGACAACUCAUAGUACACAAUAUACGAUACAAUCACACAGGGACAUACACUUGUAAAGCAUCGAACGAACUGGGAGAAGACAGGAAAGACUUCAAGCUUAUUGUUCAAGUUCCUCCUGGAGCUCCAGGCAAGCCGAAAGUCGAGUCGUACACUCGCACGACAGUCCAGUUGAAAUGGGAGAAAGGAUUCGACGGACACGCAGACAUAACCGGAUACCGACUGGAGUAUCAGAAUGAGACGAAUUCGUGGAAACGGUUCACUGCGUUGAGGAUCCCAACAUCGACGACCUUCACAGUCAAUAAUCUACGCCCCAAUGGACCCUACCGUUUCCGACUACGAGCGGUGACGAGCGUGGGUCAUAGCCAAUGGAGCGAGCCGUCUGAGGAGAUUAUGACUCACCCUCUUGCUCCUUUGAAGCCGCUACAGCGUGGAUUAAGGAACAUAAAUGCAACGAGUUUUGAUGUCUAUUGGAAUGUAAGUAAUCGAAUCAUGGACUAACCAUUAAACUACAAUUUGGUUUACCAACAGUAACUAUCACUUGAAAGCUCACCCUGUAAUCUUUGGUUCACACACACACACACACACACACACACACACACACACACACACACACACACACACGCAGACAUUGCCUGAGCGCAUAUACGUAUACACAACACUUAUCUACACUGUUUCUUCUCCCGGCAGCCUCCGUAUGGUUACAAAGAAGGCGACAUCC